CACAGAGCAGUGGGAGCUGCUGCUGCUGAAUGGAUGGUGUGGAUGUGAAGCCUGUGAGAUGCUUCAGCGCUAUCAAUGACAGACCAAACGUGAAGCCUCGCUGUAUAUUUUUCUUUCUUUAAACAGUGUUUGGUCAGAAGGCGAGAAGAUGGCUAAAUCUCCGGGGAAGGACGGAGGAGCGGUGAAGUUAAUCUCAGCCCCCGCUGUGGAACCUCCAGAGCCCGGGGUGGACAGCACUGACGGAGAGGACCUGUGCCUGGAGGAAAUAUUAACACUCUACAGUCAACCCAUUAACGAAGAACAAGCCUGGGCUGUUUGUUACCAGUGCUGCCAGUUUCUGGUCCAGUUUAAGCACCGGAGACGGAAUAAGAAAAAGCAGAACAUCGAGAUUUCAGGCGUUAAUGUGGCGAGGAGGAUUGAAGGUCCUGGAGAUGUGAGGAUUAAUAAAGACGGGACUGUUACAAUACACCCCAGAAACAACACGGAUAAACACACACAACCAAAUUCAUCAACAGAGGUAAUUGAAUCUCUGGGCAUUAUGAUCUACAAGGCCCUGGACUAUGGCCUGAAGGACAACGAGGAGAGGGAACUCAGUCCUCCUCUGGAGCAGCUAAUCAACCUCAUGACCAACAUGGCUGAAACGGAGACAGACGUCUGUUCCGAUGAGGGUUACGAAGCAACAGAGGAAGAAGAUGAAGGAGACGAGGAGACGACAGAUGUCUCGAGUAUAAAAGGCUACCGCGACAUCAUGGCGCUGUGCACGUCGCACCUCCCAAGUUCAUCAGACGCUCCCAACCACUACCAGGCCGUAUGUCGAGCGCUGUACGCUGAGACCAAGGAACUGCGCACUUUCCUCGAGAAGAUCAAGACUGCCCGAGAGAAUUUGCGGCGUAUGGAGGUGGAGACUCACGAAAAGCAAGUCAGAGACCUAAAUGACCUCCAAAAUGCAGAUUGGGCACGGUUCUGGGUGCAGGUGAUGAGAGAUUUGAGAACUGGUAUAAAGCUAAAGAAGGUGCAGGAGCGCCAGUACGACCCUCUGCCGAUCGAGUACCAACUCACUCCUUAUGAGAUGCUCAUGAAUGACAUCCGUUCCAAACGCUACACCCUCCGCAAAGUUAUGGUGAGCGGAGACAUUCCUCCCAGGUUAAAGAAAAGCGCUCAUGAGAUCAUACUGGAAUUUAUCCGCUCCAGACCUCCUCUAAAUCCGGUCUCUGCUCGUAAGCUGAAGCCUCAUCCUCUGAGACCCCCGAGCCUUCAUGAGCGAAUCCUGGAAGAGAUCAAAGCAGAGAGGAAGCUGAAGCCUGUUUCUCCAGACAUGAUCCGCAGGAGCCGACUUGGCGCAGGCAAAAGCGUGAGCACUCCCCAGGAUUUGUUCCGAAGUGCAGGCUCAUCCACGCCAGAUACACGUAAGAAGAUUGCAGUCAGCACACUGGCACUGGCUGACGACACUGACAUGGACUCUGCUGAUUCUGUCGAUGGGGCUCAACCAAGGAGGAAACUGCUUAAGGCUCCGGCACUGGCCGAGCUGGAAAGCUCCGACUCUGGCUCUGAGGAUGAGCCAGAGCCCAGCACUCGCAGGUCAGUCAGCAGCUCUAGUAUAUCCACUUCAGUGUUGGAUGACACGUCUCCGGACUCCAUCAUAGGCCGAAGAACUCCUCCUCGGUUCCGCCCCGUUUCCUCCACGUCUCAGCCUGACCUCCACAUUGGUGUCCCCCGCAGACACUCUGUUGAGAGGGAGGUCCCGAACAGCAUUCGUCCAUUUGUACCCCCGUUUCGUCAGAACACCAGAUCACUGGAAGAGUUUCGCUUCCCUGUGGAGUGUAUGUCUCUGACUGUGGAAGAGGUGAUGCACAUCAGACAGGUUCUGGUCAAAGCCGAGCUUGAGAAGUACCAGCACUACAAAGACAUCUACACUGCACUAAAGAAAGGAAAGCUCUGCUUUUCCUGUCGAACAAAGAGAUUUUCCAUUUUCACCUGGUCUUACACCUGUCAGUUCUGCAAGAGGCCUGUGUGUUCACAGUGUUGUAAGAAGAUGAAGUUGCCCUCCAAGCCAUCCAAGCUGCCAAUUCACUCUCUGGGAUCCUCUCCUCUACUUAAGAAGGAAUCUGGAGACAGCACCCAACUGGAGGAAACCUCAUCCAAUCAACGUAAUAGCUGGAGUCCAUCCACCUCAAGAUUGUCCAAUCACAGUCAGCAAAAACCCUUCAAAGAUGGAGAGCUGGAGUUUCCCAAGGAGCUGACCGAAGGCUGGAACACUAUGGACGUGUGCACUGACUGCAAGAAGUUCAUUACCGACAUCAUCUGCUCCAGCAAACGCAGCUCAUCCAUGGCUAGCUCGCGGGCUCGUCUGAAGCGUAAAACACAGUCCUUCUACAUGUCCUCCUCCAGAACCAGGGAUUAUCGACCAUCUGAACGGACUAUCAAGGAGGUAUAGAAGGAAAUGCUGACUCUGUGGCAGCUGUGCCAGCUUACUCUUUUCGCCCUGUUGAGAUGUGUGGCCUGGACAAGUUGAGUCCAAGCUGAUGACCACCAGGUGUUAUUAUGGCUCUUGCAUAUGAAUGCAUGGCCAAAAAAAUGCUGUAAUCUCCAAUGUCUGUUUUUCUCCUAUUUUUAAUGAAAAAUGUGCCAAAAACAAGGCUCUACUUUCAUCCACCCAAGUUAACCUCCAACUCCAGGGACGGAUAUUUUUUCAAUCCUUCUGAUGGUAGCUCUAUGAGCCGGGAACCUUGGAGAAUGCCAUGCUGCAAUAUAGAAGAUCCAAAAUGUCCAGAAAUAUCUCAAAGCAUCCAGUUAAGGGUGGAAAUGCAGCAGGAAAUAACUCUUUCCUUCCUUCUGUCCUUCAUUAUUAAAUGCAGCCUUGUCUUCCUGUCUCAGGAAAAAAGGGAAAAUGUGAUGUAAAGCCUUCCGGGGCUUAAUAGCCCCUUUUUACCAGCAUUUUCUUAUUCCAGAUGUGCAUGUUUUACUAAUAAAUAACUGACACAAGGUGUUUCAGAGGUACAACUAGGAGGAAAGUUACCGAAUGGUAUGUACGUAUGAAUGUAUUAUUUAUUAACACUAAGAACCAUAAGGUGGUAUGUAAGUAGUAAGCUGAAGGAUCAGCCCAUGUGUUUUAAUCUUUAAUUUCUCAACUCAGGAAGAAAUUAGGUGGUCAAUCCUUACGACAAAGGCUGGAUGACUUGGGGUCAUAUGUAUGAAAGUGUAUGUGGAAUCCCCACUACUGAUAAAAAACUCAGUUUAAUUUAGUAAAAUGAUUCUUUUAAAUUAUGCUUUUAAAUAAAUCAAACGCUUUAAAAAUCAUACAGGUAGAAAAACACAUUUCUAACACAGGUUUAACUAAUUAAAAAUUAUUCUGUUAAAAGAAAUAUAAACAUAAUCCGAAUAAUUAGUCAUGUACAGCACGAAUAUGAACAGGGAUCAGCAGUGUGAUGUUUGGUGCCAUCUGGUGGUAGAACAGCGUAACUGCGUUUGAUUCUGCACAUGACGAAGGGGAGUUUUACGUAAAAAAUUCCUACUUCUGUAGUGCCAGCUUGAUUGCGUGAUACAAAAAAAAAAUACGUGUAAAAUGUGCUCUGUACUUGUACUUACAUCACUUCUUAUUUAUUAUUCUGAAAUCUUAAAUACACCACCUUCAGAGCAUCUAUUUGAAUUCACACUUUCUGGUCAACAUUUUUUUUCAUGCCAAUACUUUUCAUACAUAAAGCCCCAUCAGCAGUUUACCCCAUGAGGAUUAACUUUGACCAAAAGCUCUCAGUUUAUUCCCAUUUAUUUUGUUUAAACUGCUGCUUUGCUAGGAAAUGACCCAGUGUUUUGAUAAAGAUCAGUACAUAUAGAUCUAUUUUACCUCGGUGAUAUGGCGGUAUUUAAGACUUUAGUAAAAAUUGUGAAAGAAUAUCUCCAGCCUCAGCUUCCUAACCUUUUUAUAUAAACUCUUUGUAAGUUUUUUAAAAUGAUUGUGCCAAAUCAACUCCACAAUCUGAACUGUAUGUGUUUUGGACCUGCUGUACAUAAUAAAUAUCAGCUGUGAUGAUGCAAUAUUAGAAAAAUACCCAACACUCUGGUCUAUCUAAUAUCAUAUCUUAUAAUAAUAUAUUAUGUUUCUACAUGUUAAUGGUUCUAAUUUAAUUCAUUUUUAUUUUAGUUUAUUUCCUGUCAGUAAUGAUAAGUAUCAUGUAACAUUCCAAACUUGUUUAGUCACGGCUCUGUGUGAAGCUAUUUAAUCAGGCAUGAGAGAUUUGAACUGUUUGUUUCAUUUCUUAAACACACACAAGUUAAACCCUAUACUCAGCAUUCAGUUAGCUGGUUCUCUGCAAAAAUACAGUAUCUUGUUUUUUCAGCUAUGUUGACUCUCUGUAUAGGAUGAACUUUGUGCAUGUAAAACUAUGGAUCUGGUUUUUUAAAAACGAAUGAUAAUAAAUUUCAGAAUCUCUGCUGA